ACACGUUUCCCAAAUCUUGUACUACUACGUACUACUCCAUCGACGCUCGCCAAUGCGAAAAAAGAUUGCAAUUUGAGUAGCAGCACGGCUGUGGACAGCAGCGGAUGUGAGGCGGGUAGGCACGGAGGAAAAUGGCAGUCGACCUCGUCGCCUACAAAUACCCGCUCGCUCUCUUCCUCCUCCCCUUCCUUCCACUCGUCUCGCCAUUAACAAGAAUUCUUUUUUUCCUUCCCCCAAAUCCUUCUCGAGCAACAGCUAGGGGGGAGUGGUUCGCUUCGUAAGAAGCCGGCUACCUCUGCUCGAUCCCGCCUUUGCCUGCGGAUUCCCACCCUGAUUUUCGCCGUUUGUUUGUUUAGUUUCUUGGGGCAAAUUCGAGACGAGGGGAGGAGAGUUUUUUUGGGGGGGAGUUGUUGCGGCCUUGCGGGCGGGGUAUGCGGCUGCACGGGGAGGUUUCCUUCGAUGAGGACGAGGAGGAAGUGGUGAUGGUUCCGGCGGCGGCGCUGUCGUCGUCGCCGCUCAACGGCGGGGCCGUUCCGGUGACGAGGCUCGUGGUGGGGUACGCCCUCACCAAGAAGAAGGUGAAGAGCUUCCUUCAGCCCAAUCUGCUGUUGCUGGCGAGGAAGAAGGGAAUUAAUCUUGUAGCAAUUGAUGACACUCGCCCGCUUGCAGAACAAGGCCCAUUUGAUGUUAUCUUGCACAAGAUUACUAGCAAGGAAUGGCAACAGGUUCUGGAGGAUUAUCAUGAGGAACAUCCAGAGGUUACUGUCCUUGACCCACCAAAUGCCAUCAAUCAUCUGAAUAAUCGGCAAUCUAUGCUUGCAGAAGUAUCUGAUUUGAACUUAUCCAGUUUCUAUGGAGAAGUUUGCACUCCACGCCAACUGGUCAUUAUGAGAGAUCCAUCCUCUAUACCAACCGCAGUUGCCAUGGCUGGACUAACCUUGCCCUUGGUUGCGAAGCCAUUGGUUGUUGAUGGAACAUCUAAAUCCCACGAACUAUCUCUUGCAUAUGAUGAGGCAUCCUUAUCAAUGCUUGAUCCUCCUCUGGUCCUCCAGGAAUUUGUGAACCAUGGUGGGAUCCUCUUUAAGGUGUACAUCAUUGGUGAAACUAUACAAGUUGUACGGAGGUUUUCUCUUCCUGAUGUUAACACUUAUGACUUAUUAAACAAUGUUGGCGUCUAUCGAUUUCCAAGAGUUUCAUGUGCUGCAGCUAGUGCAGACCAUGCAGACCUCGAUCCUCAUAUCUCAGAACUUCCUCCAAGACCACUCCUAGAGAAACUGGGAAAAGAGCUUCGUGGAAGACUGGGUUUAAGAUUGUUCAACAUAGAUAUGAUCAGAGAACUUGGAACCAAAGAUCGGUACUAUAUAAUUGACAUCAACUACUUCCCAGAAUUUGUUAGGCCUGAUUUUAUUCCAGCCUAAGGGGAAAGGAGGAUACAUCGCUACACAUACCUGGACUUCUAGGCCAAAUUAAUACUGAUCCAGUUUAUCCAGUAGUACUUUGUCGUCUCGAAUUUCUGUGUUCUUGUUAUUUAACACAGCAUGAUCAUUGUUCUGCAGCAGCAUUUUCUUGAGUGUACGCUCACUCCCUCUUGCUUGCGCAGGGUUCGGGAAAAUGCCAGGUUAUGAGCACAUAUUCACCGAUUUCUUGCUGAAUCUUGCGCAAAGCAAGUACAAGAAGUGCUUAAGCGGCGGCUGAAGUGCAAAGAGUCCUGCUGAACAUUAACAAAAUGGAAUGUAACGGUCUAGCAGUCAGUGUACAUAUCUCGGAGAAAUAAGUUUAAUCCCAAGGCUUUGAGGAAGAGAGAUUUAGGGUGUCUUCCCAGAAAAUGGUGGCACUUACCGGAUUAGAGAAGAGAUGAAAAAAUGGAUCGAUUUUCUAAUGCCGAGUGCUUGUAUAAAUCACUAACACUGAAUGUUCCCAGCGUGCCUUCGUCAAGGCUUCUGUCUCAAUAAUUUCAUUAUCUUUUUCAUGAGCAAUCCUUUUAGAAUGCUUGGUUCUCU